GCGAGAGCAGCCCGCGAGCCAGCUCCGACCUCUGCGGCAAGCCGGCCAGCCCACCACCGACCACCGCGCCAUGGCUGACUCCGAGAAGCAGGGCCCCGCGGAGCCGCGCCCGGCCGAGGACGAGGUAAUGGAGGGCGGCGCGCAGGGGGGCGAGGCGGAGGCGGCCGGCGACGGGGACAGCGCGGCUGCCCCCGCGGCCGAGGAGCCGCAGAGCGCCGCGGAGAACGCGCCCAAGCCCAAAAAUGACUUUAUCGAGAGCCUGCCCAAUUCCGUGAAGUGCCGCGUCCUGGCGCUCAAAAAGCUGCAGAAGCGCUGUGAUAAGAUCGAGGCCAAAUUUGACAAGGAGUUCCAGGCUCUGGAGAAAAAGUAUAACGAGAUCUAUAAGCCCCUGCUUGCCAAGAUCCAGGAGCUCACGGGCGAGAUGGAGGGCUGUGCGUGGACCCUGGAGGGGGAGGAGGAGGAGGAGUAUGAGGAGGAGGAGGAGGACGAGGAGGAAGAGGAGGCUGCGGGGGGGGCGGCGGCGCGGCCCGGGGACGACGACCCUCGGGCGGCCGUGCCCGACAACUCCAAGAAGUAGACGAGCAGACGGACCAGGUGGCGACGAGAACAGCAUCCCCCUUUUAGUUGACAUUGUGGUGGACUUUAAGAGGCUCAGGUUUUGGACCAAAAUACAGUAUAAAUCUGACAUUCCUAAAGUAAAUUAAAUUCACACAAGUAGAUUCUGGCUAGCCCAUUUCAAAUUUGACUUUUCUUUUGAACAAAGAAUAUCAAGAUAUUUAAAAAGAUUAAACUUAAAAUUAUUUUUCCUGAUCUCUUCAGAAAGGACUGGACUUAAGGCUUACGCAGGGUGUCAGCAGAGAGGGAAGUAUGUCACUUUAAAACCAUUCAUCACACCCUACCCAUGACGCCCAAGCCAAGACUGAACUCUUAAUGCUUAAUUCUUGAGUUUUUUUAGUAGUGACAUUUCCCAGCGCGGAGAAAACAACUCCAAGGACGACGUCAUCUUUAAGACUUUGCUUUUGCACCCAGACAUCAGCUUCACCCCCACCCUUGGCAGAAAUGACACGGAGAAAGCCUGCGAUGGAGACCAGACACUGCUGUUAAUGAGGCUAGGGAAACUGCCAUUUCAAGUUAGAAAAAAUGAGAAACAUGGUUCCAAAAGGGAGAGUUUAAUGUGUACAAUAUUGUCAACAUAUGUAUUCAUUUGUUAUAGUCUCAUGUUUAUGUGUUUUCUUUGUAGUGUGUUUACAAAAGCGUAAAAAUACCCAAAUGUUUAAGUAUGAAAUCAUGUUACCUAACAUUUCAGAAAUAUUAUUUAUUUGAAGAGUUGUAGAAUGUAGCAGUUCUGUAAAGCAUGUGUAUCCAGUGUUACGUAGUUUGACCUUUGUGAAGUCUUUUCCUCGUAGCUUUUAGGAUGUAACUGUGAAAAUAAUCAGAACUCCUCAUUGAAGCUAAUGUUUGGAAAAAAAUAAAUACUUGAAGACCCAACCUAAAGAGUGUGCCCCCAUCCCUAGCUCCGAAGUAGAAAGGAUUUAAGUUUGCUUGUGUUAGCUGUGCCUUCAUUAUUUUGCUUUGUAAAUGUGACAUAUUAAAUAUAAAAUGGUGCAUAAUUAAAUUUUACUGCUUGAUGACAGAAUGGCAUACAGGAAGGAUUUUGAAGAAGAACAUGUGAUAUAAAGAUCCUUAGCUUCUUUGUACGUUUUGAAUUAUCUGUGAGCCAAUGUUCUAUAAAAUAUAUAAGCAUAAAGUUGUUUAUCACUGUGGUGUUAAUAAAACAGUAUUUUCAA